AUGAGCCGAAAAUUUAGCUCCCUUAAGGACAUUAACGAUUCAAAGGAAACAUGGAGAUUGGUCAUUCGAGUUGUUGAUUUAUGGAGUGUUAUCAACAACAAGGGUAAGGAGCAUCUGGAGAUGGUUAUAAUGGACGCAAUGGGUGAUAGGAUACAAGUUUUGAUUCGUGCUGACCAUACACCGAAAUGGAAAGAACGAAUACGUGAAAACAUCUCUUGCAUAGUCAAUAAUGGAAAUGUUUAUGAUAACGAUUUCCAGUGGAAGCUUUGUGAUCAUGACAAGAAGUUUGUGUUUAUUGGUGGUAUGACUUUGAAGGAAGUUGAUAUUCAGAACCUUCCUCCCAAAAGAUUCUAUUUCAAAGACUUUUCUGAUAUACUUGCAGGAAAAUGUCAACUUAACCGACUUGAAGAUAUUAUUGGUGUUGUUCAAGAAAUCAACAAUUUUCAGUAUAACAAUUCUGGAAAAAAGUCUUUUGUUUCACUCAAUGUUAAAGACCUGAAAGGUAACAUCCUUAACUGCACGUUAUGGGAGAGCUACAGAAUAAAUUUUUUGGAUUUCUACCAUAAUGAAAAAAACAGCGGUGCUAUUAGUGGAUCUAAAUUGCUAAUUAACGAAGAUAUUCCAGAGAUAACUGAGUUUUUAUCAAAGUUACCUGUAAAUGAGCAGCCUGAAAAGCCUUCGCAGUCAUCAAAGGGUAUGUCUCUUUGGUCUGGUGCCUCUCAAUUCACCCCAAUUGAAAGUUUCGUCCAUAAGGCCAAAUGUAUUUCUCUGAGUGAGCUCUGCAAGGUCAAACAGGACAUGUUAUGUGUUACUGUUGGAACAACUCAAAAGUUUUUUGUCUCAAAACAUGGUUGGUUUUAUUAUGGAUGUACUAAAUGUUCUUUAAAGGCAUCUGAUGUGAACAAUCCAUACAAAUGUUCAUGUGGACAGAAUGUAGAACAUGCCAUACUAAGUUUUGAUGCUAUGCAUUUUUCUAAAUGGUAUCGAGUUGACAUCUAUGUAAUUGAUGGUGAAUCAAAAUUUCGCUUUGUGUUUUGGGAUACUGACUGUGCCGACAUUAUUGGAAAGUCUGCUGAUAGUAUUUAUAAAGCAAUGCUGGAGGAAGGUGACGACGACCCUAUGAUAUAUCUUGAUGAACUUGACAUGCUUCUUGGUAAAAAAAUGGCGUUCAGAGCUAAAGUUCAGCCAACAUUUGGCCAAGCAUCUGGGGAUAUCAUACCUUUAACCCAAAACCCAAUCGUUGAUCGUGUCGAUGAUUCCAUCGAGUUUUUGUCUGCUUACGGAGAAAAUGAUACUGAUAAAGUUGUGACCAAUACGCCAUCUAAAGGAAGUCCCAUUACUCUUGAUGUUGAAGAUUCUGAAUGUCAACCUUAUGGAGCUACUCAACUUUCGAGAAUGAAACCAUCAAAGAAGUGA